CCAACCAGCCAUCCAAAACACACACACACACACACACACACACACUAACGCACACACACACACUGAAGAGCCAAGAGUUCAAGAGCGCUUGUUUCCGUUUAACUAACAUCGAGGGGAGUGGAAAUAGCUGGGGGAAGAAUUCAUUUUAUCCAACCGCUGUUCUUUUGGACGGAACGAAGUUGUGCAAGUGUCACUAUUGGGCGGCUUUUCUUUGCGCAUCGACAAACUUUUUGCGUGAGACGCUGCUGUUGGCAUGUGAGGCGAGCGGAGUGCGCAAACAGGGCUCUGCAGCACAGGACGGAGUGAAAACAGAGCAAGGAGACUCCACACACACCAUGAAGAAAGAAGACUCUAGUAAUCAGAGUUUGAAUAAAGUUGGGGCUCUGUUCUGCCUGUCUGGCAGUAAUUAUGGCGGCAAAGGGAAGAGGAUUAUGGUAAUAUCCCAUCCAGGGGUCCCAUUAGUGGGAUUGAUUUUGUUGGCCACCCUCCCUUUUGGAUCAUGCAUCAAACAGAGCGUCCCCCGGGUCAAACUCAGCCACAGAGAACUGCUGCAGGCUGGCAGUGUAUCUUUGUUUCUCGGCCCCUCCGACGGCCUUCACUCCCACUCUCUGCUGUUGGAUGAGGAGAGAGGUCGUCUUCUGCUGGGAGCCAGGGAUCACAUCUACCUGCUUGACCCUGACAAUCUGGCCAAAGCGCCCAGAAAGAUUCACUGGCCUGCUCCGAGGGACAGGGUUGAAAUGUGCAAACUGGCUGGCAAAAAUGCAAAUUUGGAAUGUGCUAACUUUAUCAGGGUCCUUCACAAUUACAACCGAACACAUGCCUAUGCCUGUGGGACGGGAGCCUUCAGCCCCACCUGUGCUUUUGUUGAAAUCACCGGCCACAGAGAGGAUGGUGCGUUCCAUCUGCUGUCUAAUACGGUGGAGUCUGGCAGGUUGAAAUGUCCUUUUGAUCCCUUGCAGCCGUUCACCUCAGUCCUUACAGAUCAGUACCUGUAUGCGGGCACAUCCUCAGACUUCCUGGGCAAAGACACGACGUUCACACGCUCCCUCGGCCCUCCACCUGACCAGCACUACAUACGCACAGACAUCUCCGAAGACUACUGGAUCAACGAGGCCAGGUUUAUAUCUGCUCACCCCAUUGCAGACACCUACAAUCCAGAUGAUGAUAAGAUAUACUUCUUCUUCCGUGAGGUGUCGUGGGAGGGCAACGACAAGAGCAUCCUCUCCCGAGUGGCUCGUGUAUGCAAGAAUGAUGUAGGUGGGCUGAGGAGUCUGACCAAUAAAUGGACAACCUUCCUCAAAGCCAGGCUUGUGUGCUCUAUCCCUGGACCAGACGGUGUGGACACACACUUUGAUGAGCUCCAGGAUGUCUUCCUGCUCCCUACCAGAGAUGACAAAAACCCCAUCGUGUAUGCGGUCUUCACAACCUCCAGUUCCAUUUUCCGUGGCUCAGCAGUGUGCGUGUACAGCAUGGCAGACAUAAGGUCUGUGUUUAACGGGCCUUACGCCCACAAGGAAGGGCCCGACCACCGAUGGGUCGAAUACGAAGGGAGGAUACCGUAUCCCCGUCCUGGAACGUGUCCGAGCAAGACGUAUGAUCCGAGGAUCAAGACCACCAAAGACUUUCCAGAUGAGGUUGUCAGCUUCAUUCGAUUCCACCCUCUGAUGCAUCGCUCUGUUUACCCUCUGACUGGCCGGCCGGUGUUCACACGUGUUCGAGUGGACUACACGCUGACUCACAUUGUGGUCGACAGAGUUUUGGCAGAUGAUGGACAAUAUGAGGUCAUGUUCCUGGGAACAGAUGCUGGCUCCAUUCUGAAGGUGGUGAGCAUCACUCAAGAAAACUGGUCAACAGAGGAAGUGGUGCUUGAAGAGCUUCAAGUUUUCCAGGUUUCCACUCCCAUCCUCAGCCUGCAGAUGUCUUCUAAACAGCAACAGCUCUACGUGGGUUCAAGCGAAGGUCUGGCCCAGGUUUCACUGAGCAGAUGUCACCUGUACGGCCAGGCCUGUUCUGAAUGCUGCCUGGCACGAGACCCCUACUGCGCCUGGGACGGACACAUGUGCUCACGAUACGUCCCUGCAUCUAAGAGGCGUGCCAGAAGACAGGACAUCAAGAAUGGAGAUCCUGCCAUUCAGUGCUGGGACACAGAAGACAGUCUUGGCGGGGGACGCGUGGAGGAGAGAGUUCUCUUCGGGGUUCAGAGCAACUCCACUUUCCUCGAGUGCAUCCCCAAAUCUCAACAGGCUCAGAUUCGAUGGUACAGACAAAGACCUGGAUCCGAUCGCAGGGAGGAGGUCAGACUGGACGAUCGCGUUGUUCACACUGACCGAGGCCUCCUGAUCCGUUCCCUCCAUGCCUCAGAUGCCGGCGUGUACGUGUGCGUGGCUCAGGAGCACACGCACUUCGCCCACACCCUCCUCCGCCUCACGCUACAACUUGUUACACACGGACAGCUGGACAGAAAACCCAAGCCGAGCGACGACCCGGCGGCGGAGCCGCACCACGGAGCGGAGUCACGUCAGCGUUACAAAGACUACCUGAGAGUGAUGAGCUCUCCCUUCAGCUCCCUGGAAGAGUACUGCGAUUCGCUGUGGCUGGACAAGCGGUCGUCGAGGGCGCGAGGACGAGGCCUGGGAGGAGUUGGCAAGUGGAAACACAUCCAGGAAAUGAAGAAGAGCAGGAACAGGAGGCACCACAGAGAGAGGGGAGAGGAGAGAGACAAACUGCAGAGAGGGCGAGUGGCGAGGACGGCGAAGCAGUGAGGGAAGAGAUGUGAAAACACCAUUAAAGGGUUGUAGCUGUGGAAAUUCUCUGCUUUAAUGAUGAAGCCGACGUGACAAAGAAACUGUAAAAGUGCAGUGUCAGAUGAGCGAGCGAAGUUUUACUCCGAGUUAAUGGGGUAUGAAAGACCAGCAAUGAAUAUAAAGUCCAGUAAUUAAAAAUACAUGACAAGCAAUUUGAAACAGUAUUGCAUUGUGGAUAUGACUUUCUUUUUUUCUUUUUUUUAUCUGCCAACCACAGUUUGUAAGAUCACUUCAGUUGUUUCAGAGGAAAAAUAUCUUUUUCAGGGAUUUUCUUUUCAAGCUAAUUUCCAUAAAACUCCAGAACGAAAAUGCUUCAAAUGCUUUGGAUAGAAUAUCAGAAUAAAUGACUGAAACUCAAGCUGCAGUAUUACUGACCAGGUGAAGGAUUUAACAUGACUGGUCAUUUGAACAGCUUUGACUGCCUUUUUUUAAUAAUUUACUUCAAUAAAUAAAACUUCCAGUCUACAGAGUUGAUGAUGUGAUGACCAUAAAAGAUACUGAAGUCAUGCAAAAACAUACAAGAUAAGAGUUUGCUUGUUGUAACGACGUCACAUUCAUUUCGAAUGACUGUAAAUAUUUAUAUGAUAUGUACAGGAUGCUCAUUUCUAGUCUUAUUACCAAUUUGUAUUUCUAUGAUAAUAAUAAUAAUCAUGUAUUAUGUUUGGCUGACAAAAUGACAUAUUUUUGUACAUUCCCUUUUUACUAUUAUGUACUGUAGUGUUUUCAUUAUUAGUGCUGUCUGAAAGUUAUUUAAAUAAAUUUGUCUCGGAGCCUCUG